CCUCCAAUCCUCCGUCUGAAGGGCCAAUUAAUUUAUUUCUGGUCAGAAAGUAUCGCAGCUCGCCGAAAAGUCCCGCCGCUCUGUGUGUCUGUAGCACCUGAAAGAGGAUCUGAACGAGUGCAAAGCUGGACCGGUACAUAAUGACCAUGUACAAGAGGAAGCGUCGCAACCGCCGAUACAUAAACAUGGCGGGUGAGCCCAAGCCGUACAGGAUUAAAGUGGGCUCCAAACGGCCGCUCUCAGCUGUGUAUAGUGGUUUUGAAUUUGAGUACGAGUACUACAGGGAUGACUUCUACAGCAGGCUUUUUGACUACCAUGGCAGAGUGGCCCCCCCACCGAGAGCCGUGAUCCCCCUCAAACGCUCCAGGGUGAUCACUCCCUCCUCCCGCCGCGGGAAGACCUUCCCCAUGAAAACAUCCUCCUCUUCCUCCUCUUCAUCCUCCAGACCUCCCACGUCCUCCUCCGGGCUCAAACCAGUGAAGACGGACCAGCUUCAGACUAUAAAACGGGAGCUCACUCAGAUCAAGAUGAAGAUCGACUCUUUGCUGGGACGCCUGGAGAAGAUCGAGAAGCAGCAGAGAGCCGAGUCCGAGGCUCAGAGAAAGUAUGAGGACAACUGCGACUCCGUGCACGAGGGGUCCGUGUCAGAGACGGCGGAAAACUCCGGGGAGGAGGCCGGCGAAGUGGCGCUGGAAGUGGAGGCGGGAGAGAUGACCGAUGGAGGCGAGGACGCCUAUGACGAAGAGGGCAGCCACGAUCUGGUAGAGAACCAUGUAUCGGAUAUUGACAACUGAGAUCAGGAUGAGGCAGCAGACACCCCCCGGUCGGUGGUAUUAGAAUUCAUCAUCACCUUCAAGAGAUGGAAAAGGAUCUCUGAGGGAUCAAGAAUCUCAUUCUGGACUGUAAGUUGUGUUCAAGAGAUGCUGAAUCACAUUUAGAUGCCCAACUGUGCAGCACAAACCGAAUGUGGUGUGCUCUCUAAAGAAAAUGUAUCCAAGACCCAUUUUAAUACAUUGGCCUCAGUUCACCUCAUGGAUAUUCUGUGCAACAUAUAUUUCAUUGCAAGAGGCUGACAGCAUCACGCGCUUAUUCUGUUCCUAAAAAUAAAACAAAGAGGGAAUGAAAUAAAAGUCUUCAUUCAGAUUUAUAUAUUGAAUUGUGUUGAAAGAAAGGAACAUGACACUGUUGAUCAACCGUUGCUGCUUUUCUGAAAUGUGUUUGCGAUGUAAUUUCACCAACUGUUUUCCAAUGAAUUUCUGUUGUUGCUAAAAAAUGAAUAAAGUUACAGUCGGAACAAUGUGCGACCGCAUUAUGAUAUUCACAAAAUGAAUGAAACAUCGGUGCCGUCUGGUUCGGAUUUGACUCAUGCAUAAGCCAAUAGCUGCGAGCAUAACUUUAUCCAGCUUUAUCCAUUUAUCACACAAAUGCCCUGUGGGGCUGUUCCAUCGUAUUCCAACUCCUGCCAACUUUCAGAGGCAGAAAGGGCUUCCUGUGGUAGAGAGCCAACACUGGCACCGGCCUCCUGCCAGGGAGCAGUGCCCCAAUGUCUCAAUGCACUCCUCCCUGUUCAGCCUGUGCAUCCCAACAUGGACUGCUGCUGUUCAGGAGCCAACGCCCUUUCUCCUCCUCCUCGACUAUCUCCCCCUCUGCAUCCUGCAUUGAUUCUCUCUUAUGUAGUCAAAACAGCAAAGCAAAGUUUUUUAAAUUAUAUACUAAGAUGCCUCAAUGUUAUCCAAAUCAGUGAUCUUUGAUUCAGAUUGCAAUGGCAACAACAACCUUCAGAAGCCAAAAGUAGCAGGGCACUUGGAGAACGCAGAGCACCCCAAAGGCAAAAAGCCCUUUCUUGCAAUGUUUACAAAUGUCAAAAAAGUGAUUCGAUCUGCUCCAAAUUUUGACAGGCUCUUACUUGGCCCAUGUGUCAUCGUUUUACUAAAUUUUAUGAAAAUUGUGCCAGUGGUUUUUCUGUAAUCCUGCUGACAAAAAAAGACUAACCAAAUCAAAACCAUAACCUCUUUGGCAUAAUUAGUUUGAGAGUUAAUACAAAAUUAUAUCCUGAUUAUUCUUUUAAUUAAACACCCAUGAAGGUCAGUAAUGAAGAAGAAGCUGAAGUGGCCGAAGUUCGAUGAUUUGUCCACUUAUUUGGUAGAGUUUACUGACACAAUGCGCAUGAUUUCUACCAUUUGAGAUUUGUGACACUGAAUGCGUUUACAUGGGCAUAAAUAACCUGUUUAUGAAGCGUAUCCUGAUUAUGAUCAUUUUGGGAUAUGGUGUUUACACGAGCACAGAGAAAUCCAGCUCUGCAUAUUCCUGGUAUACAUGAAAAAUUAACAU